AUUAAGCAAGUCACAGGAUCAGAUUGCUCAGUCAUCUCCUAAAUAACAAAGGGUGCAAGUAUAAACGGAGCAGGGCCUGCAGCAGAACUCGCACCGUAUCCGACCUGCUCCGAUCCAGCACGGCCUGCUGCAGCCAUGGGGCUUCGUUCUUUAAUACUGCUGGCCUCUCUGGUGGCCGCUUGUUCGUCGCUGAUCAGAAUCCCGUUGAAGAAAUUCCCCUCCAUGCGCAGCAUCUACAAUGAAUAUGGGACCGAUAUCCAAGAUCUGAAUGAGUUGGGGGAAAUGCUGAAGUACAAAUAUGGGGGGGCAGGUGUGGGUACACCUACCCCAGAAUCCCUGAAGAACUACAUGGAUGCACAGUAUUAUGGGGAGAUUGGCAUUGGGACGCCACCACAGAAGUUCACUGUGGUCUUUGACACAGGCUCAUCUAACCUCUGGGUGCCCUCAAUCCACUGCCAUUUGCUGGAUAUUGCUUGCAUGUUGCAUCACAAAUAUGAUUCUUCCAAAUCCAGCACUUACGUGAAAAAUGGUACCGACUUUGCCAUCCAUUAUGGUACUGGGAGCCUGUCAGGAUACCUCAGCCAAGAUACAGUAUCGAUUGGUGACAUCUUUGUCAAGAACCAGUUGUUUGGUGAAGCUACCAAGGAACCCGGCAUCACGUUCAUUGCUGCCAAAUUUGAUGGCAUCUGCGGCAUGGCCUUCCCCAAGAUCUCUGUGAAUAAAGUGCUGCCUUUCUUUGAUAAUGUGAUGCAGCAACAGCUAGUGGACAGGAACAUAUUUUCCUUUUAUCUAAACAGGGAUCCAACAGCAUCGCCCGGAGGGGAAUUGCUUCUAGGAGGGGUAGACCCAAAGUAUUUCUCCGGAGAGAUGGCCUGGGUGAAUGUCACUCGUAAAGCUUACUGGCAGAUCCAUGUGGAUAAGGUUAAUAUUGGCAACAGCCUGAGCGUGUGCAACGAUGGCUGUGAAGCUAUUGUGGACACAGGAACCUCUCUCAUUACGGGACCCACUGAAGAGAUUAAGAAGGUGCAGAAAGCUAUUGGAGCUAAACCAAUCAUUAAAGGACAGUAUAUACUUGAUUGUGAAAAGCUGUCUAGCCUUCCUGUCGUGUCCCUUGUCCUAGGAGGGAACUCCUAUGACCUCACGCCAGAUCAAUAUGCCUUAAAAGUUACUGUUCAAGGAGAAACUCUUUGCAUGAGUGGAUUUUCAGGCUUGGAUGUCCCACCACCUGGUGGACCACUUUGGAUCCUGGGUGACGUCUUCAUAGGCCCCUAUUACACAGCAUUUGAUCGGGAUAAUGACUCUGUUGGUUUUGCAAAGUGUGUCACCAAAGUGUAAAAGCAACUGAUCAUCAGCUUCCCACAGUCUCUCUACAAAAUGCACUCACAAAUACACUGGAGUUUUGUAUUGUGACUUAGCUAUUAUUAAGAACAAAAUCUGGAAAGUAAAGAAGAAAAGGACAUAUUCUAAAUUUAUAAACGAGAAGGAGCGUAGAUCGUAAUUUUUUUAAAAAAUGAAAAACCUACUAGUGAUCUUCGAACACCCACUUCCCACCUCUCAAAUAACAGGCCAUAGAAAAGUUCUAGUAAAAUUGUUACAUCUAAGGAGCACCGCUAUCGUAUGAGCUCUUUGAACAGCAGGCUACUUGAGACACUGUCCCUUCAUAUAUUUCUGAGCAUCAGUGCUAUAAAUACCUUCUUCAAAUCAAUUCAACAUUCUAUUCUCUUCCUACCCCACCCAUAAAAAAGAGGACUAUUUAUAAAUGCUUCUGGAUAUAUUUUCCUUAUCUUCCCCCCUUUAAAGAAAAGAAUAGAACAACGAUAUAGAAAACUAACCCCUUUUCUCAGUUGAUCACGUGCAAGUGCUAGAAAGCUGAGAAGUUACCACUACAUUUUGAAUAUGUUCGGUUCCCAGUUUGCACUGUUGAAGAUAAGAAAAUGUGUUGGCUGUAUUUCUCCCAGGUUGUGGGAUGUGACAAAAAGGUACUGAUUGCAAAUUUUACCAGUCAAGCUGGCCCUCCAAUUGUAGGCUCCAGCUAGUAAUAGUUGUACUUUGGCCUGAACAGCAACAUUCAGGUGGUUUUAGUUUCAUGAUGUCUUUCUCUAAAUGUCUUUCUCUUUAGUCUCCCAACCCUUUUUAAUUUCCCAGCUUCUUUUUGAGGUCUGAGGAAAGUGGCCUUUAUGUGGCUUUUGAAACCUAUUAAAAACCACAAAGUAUUUAAAGCAAGGAUUUAUUUUAAUAUUUUUUGGGAGAUCCUUUUGGUUCAAGGUAGUUUUGAAGAAGCAUCUGAACUUCUCUGUUUCUCAUUAAUGAGAUGUCAUCUUGUUCUUUCUUUAAGUCACUUCCAUAACACUCCCUCCCAGUGCAGUCUUCUGUUGUGAAGAAGAAAAAUCUUGUAGAUAAAUCUAGAUAAAACUUGCUCCACUCUGAGUUUAAUUUAGGAACCCAGUUGUGUGAACAGCUCUACACAGACAAACUCUUCUUUGACUUCUUCAAGUCAAACUAGACUUCUACCGCAAAUAUUUCUAGAAAACAACUGUCUCUGUAUUGGAUUCUAAUUUUGGCCUGACCUGACAAGCAAAAUGCUUGAAGCAUCUGUUCAGGGCAGGGCAGGAGGGGGGUUAGGUGGAUAUUUCUGAUGGGAAGUUAAAUUAAUUGGAAUGUUAUUAAUAUUAGCUUGAGAGGUGGGGAGAUUUCCAGCACGUUUUAAUCUGAAACGUUUCAUGAUACUUAGAUCCAAUCCCAAGUUUGUGAGACAGUAUGGGCAAUGGAGAACAAAACUUGAGCUUAAACAAACCAAAUAUGGUUUGAUGUAAAAGCCAACAGCACUUCACUGAAGAUGCUCUCCGAAACUAGAUGAAAAUCUGGCGCAUUGGGAAAUACAAUAGAAAAGCUUGUAAAUUCAGGGGAGCUGAAGACAUCAGGAAUUUGAGCAUAUCUUUCUGAAUAUGCUACAUACCCUAGAGACUUUGCUUACCUGCUGGGCUGAAUAUUUUGGACACUGAUCAGAUAUCUGGAGAAGGUGUGGGAUGGGUGCCUAUCAAGAUCUCUUCAGUUCUUUUAACACUUGGUUGGGUUUUUAAACAAGGCUCUGCUGUUCAAAUUAUGGUUUGUUCCUAAACAUGUGGAAGAUACUGUAUGUCUUCGAGAUAUCGGUAAACUGUUACCAUGUUCUGAAUUGUCAUGGGUGUAAUAGAAUAUGCUUCUCCAAACUCUUCAGUGCCUGAUUCUAUCCAGUCCUGAAUUAGUAAAAUAAAAUCAUUGAAUAGCCUCUCAUUGCAAAAUAUCAAAUGCAAAUACUCAAGGAGCCUUUAUUUCAAAUUCAACCAAGUGCCCAAAGCUGUGUAGAAAGUUUAUUAAAACUUCCUUCAGGAGCCCAUUCAUACCAGGGUUGGAUUGGACAUGAUCUUUGCCUUGGAAGAUACCCUCUUGAACACCAUAAAAUAAAAUGAAUGCCAUAAAAUUAAAAACAAAAACAUCUCACUUGUAUUGAAUGGAUUGAUUGGAUAAUAAUGCAAUAUGUUAGCAGCCUCCUAGUGGCAACUGUUAACACAGCCUGAUUCCCCUCUUAAAAGAUGUAUGGCAUAGCCCACAGUCUAAAGGAGGAGAGAAAUUCCUCUGCAAAUCUUUAGAAGGUGUCUCUUAAUUAGAGGGAUCUGUUUGUUUGAAAUGCAAAUUGGGCUGCUGGAUUUGUAGCUUGCCACCAUUCCCUUGUGUUGCUUGCUUUUCUUAAACAUGUGAAAUGCUGUUGAACCCUCUCCUGUUGGGGAGAUACCAUCUGCUGUCCUAGUUGUUCUCUCCUCAAUUUAUCAUAGAAAAAAAAAUUAAAAUAAACAUUUUUCUCCCACCA